GCAUGCACGUUACACGAUCACACACGUACGCGCGCUCCACUCUCACUAAGGAGCUAAGGAGGUGGGAGGACUCCCUGUCCGUUGGACUAGUGGAAGAAAAAAACGGCGUCUGAAACUCGUCACAAGGCAACGUCGACGCACCGCUGGGAAAUAGUGACACUUAAUUAUUGAUUUCCCAGAAAGAAAGAAAAGAAUAAAAAGAAGAAGAAGGGGAAGAAGGACAGGAGAACGACGGAGAGGCGAAGAAUCGGAGCGGUGCCAUGUCGCCACUCGUAGUUACAGGUUGCUAGCGCAGUUAGCCACCUAGCCGCGGUUAGCUAGCCCUCCGUAAGCGACCAACUUUUCAGCGUUUCCCAAGCAAGCUCAGUCCGGCAAAAUGUGCUAUUUCCCGGGAUGUUUAUCCGCUUGGCCGGGGGCUAGCAUCGGCUGAGUGUCUCAUCUCCCUCCUCGUGUGUUUUUUUUCCUGCUGCACUUUUGGGGGCGGUUUAAUUUGACGAAAAGUGGACUUUGCCCCACGGCUGGUGUAGUGUUAACCCCUUCCAAAGGCCUCCAUUGAUUCUACCAUUGGGAGCAUUUGAAAACUGUUUUUCUAAAGAAGACAAAGUUGGAUUCACGUUCCCCUUUUUUUUUUGCCCGUGUGGAAAAUGGAUGCGGGCAUAGAGAAGGAAUGCAGCGCCUUGGGAGGUCUCUUCCAGCUCAUCAUGAACGACAUGAAGGCCAGCUAUCCCACGUGGGAGGACUUUGCCAGCAAGGGAGUCAAACUUCAGUCGCAGCUCAGGACCACCAUCCUGGUGACGGGUGCCUUCCUGGAUGCUUUUCAGAAGGUUGCGGACAUGGCGAUGGGCUCCAGAGGUGCUACCAAGGAGAUCGGCUCGGCGCUAACCAGGAUGUGUAUGAGACACCGCAGCAUUGAAUCCAAACUCAAGCUUUUCACCACAGCACUGUCAGAAAGUCUCAUCACACCGUUGGAGUUGAAGAUGGACGAGUGGAAGAAAGCGGCCAGUCAGCUGGACAAAGAUCACGCCAAAGAGUAUAAAAAGGCGAGGGCAGAUAUUAAGAAAAAGUCAUCCGAUACUGUCAAACUGCAGAAGAAGGUCAAAAAAGGCAAGGAUGCUGUGCGCGGGCAGCUGGACAGCGCACUGCAGGACGUCAACGUGCGCUACGCCGUCCUGGAGGAGACGGAGAAGAGGGCCGUGUGCCGGGCGCUCAUUGAGGAGCGGGCGCGCUACUGCACCUUUGUCACCAUGCUGAAGCCAGUGCUGGACCACGAGAUCAACGUGCUGGGUGAGGUGACCCACCUGCAGACCAUCCUGGACGAUCUCACCCUGCUGACAGCCGAGCCGAACAAACUGCCACCGGCCAGCGAACAGGUGAUUUUGGACCUUAAAGGUUCUGACUUCAGCUAUACCUACCAGACACCGCCGGCCUCUCCCAGCAACACGCUGUCCAGGAAGAGCAGCGUCAGCAGCUACCAGUCUGGGUCGGUGCGGCACGUCCCUUCCUUGGACUCUAUCAGCUGUGCUGUGGACGGCGUGCACAUCAAGCAGCGCUCCUGCCGCUAUCUUCCUAUGGGCAGCGCCGAAAAUGGCCGCUCCCUCAGCGAAGGGAGCGCUCCCUCUCGCUCAGGCGCCCGACAGGUUGGCCGCGCUCGCUGCGGUUACGCCGGCCGUCGCCCCCCGCCGGGCCGCCGCGUCAGCCGCCGGGAUAUGACCACUGAUGCAGUGGGCUCCACCAAUCAGCUGGCUUCUGCGGGCCUGAGUGGCGAGAACGGCCUCCUGGCGCCUUCUCACAGCGAAAGGGCCCGCGCUAUGUCUACGUCUGGCCAGUCGUGUUCUGCCCGGGAUCAGCUGGCCCUGACUCUGGGUGCCUUGACGGCGGAUGCACCGCGUAGCAGCCGUGACUCACUGCACUGCUCCAGCGGCUACAGCACGCAGACCACCACGCCGUCCUGCUCCGAGGACACUAUUCACACGCACGCUGUAAAGAGAGAGCCUCCCCUCUAUGUUGACUACGAGUCAAUUUCCCUGCACGGGGACAGCGACUCCAUCUCCCUGCACCACCUGUCGCACGGCGGCAACGGGGGCGGCGGCGCCCAGUCAGACUUCGACAAGUCCUCCACCAUCCCCAGGAACUCUGACUUGGGCCUACAGUACCGGAAGUUUGCCCAGUCCAAACGUCCCGCCUCCACCGUCAGCCUGCUGGCCGAGACGGAGCUGACGGGCGGCUCGCACACGGCCACCAUCCGGCGCAAGCCGUCUACCAAGCCCGCGUACCGACGGGGCACCAUCAGCGGCGGCGUGCCCAUCCCCAUCUGCACGCCGCAGGUCCCGGCGGGGGCGACGACCCGGGGCAGCGACGAGAAUGUGUUCAUCGCGACCUCAGGAGGAGGUUUCGGUUACAAUAAACUCUUCGCUUCCACGCAGAGCCUCAGCGCCCUGCCGCUGUCCUCCACCUCAUCAUCCUCGUAUUCGCCAUACUAUCAGCUGGUGCCUGGUCAGAUGCCCAUCCCGGUGCCGGUGCUCACCGUUGCGCCAGAAGGUGCCGUUGCCAAGCAGCAGCAGCAGCAGCAGCAUCUGCAACAGCUCAACCACCAGGCGCAAAUGCAGCAGCAGCAGCAGCAGCAGCAUCUGCAACAGCUCAACCACCAGGCGCAAAUGCAGCAGCAGCAUCUGCAACAGCUCAACCACCAGGCGCAAAUGCAGCAGUUUCACUACGAGCAACAGUUUCAGAAACAGAACCGGCCCCAGAUCAACAGUCAGGUUCAGUUCCAGGCCCGAGUCCAGUUUCAAAACCAGCAGCACAAACAGAAGCUCUUCCAGCAGCAGAAGGCCCAGCUUCAGGCCUCCCAUGCCCAGCGAGAGGACUCCAUCCCAGGCUACUUGACUCAGGAGCAGAACCCACUGCUCUCCAGCCGGGACCAGGACCUGGACCAAGAUCUGGACGUCCCGAUGCAAGUGAGGGGGGACAUGGACAUGCUGAAGCUGAUCAAGGGUGUGAAGCUCAAAAGGACCCUGACCAACGACCGCUCGGCCCCCCUGCUUCCCCCGCCCGUCAAUCACAAUUGAGACGUUGCUUGCCUGAUUUGCGCCUGUUUUUUUUCUGCCUUUUGUUUUACUUGACGGUUCUCCUUUUUGACCAGGACAUGGAAAUCUUGUUAGUCGGCUGACAAAGUCACAGCAAAUUUCUCGAACGUUAUCUGUACAUGUCCACAAGGAGUGAAGCUUUGGCAUUCAGCUCCUCAAUUUCACAUGCAAGGGCAGUACCUAAUUUUCGUUUGUCGAUGUUAGAGUUGGUCACUCUUAUUUUGGCUUGCACAAUGCAAAAAAAGAAAAAAGCUUUAAGUUCUUUUUUAAGAGCCAACUUAUUUUUUUUUAAUCUUUAACAGUCAUUUACUUGAACCCUGUGAAUUCAUAUGGAAAGUUCAACUUAGAAAAAAAAUCCUGGUAUUUUGUAGUCUAUUAGUUAGUGAGGGGUCACUUCCUGCUUGCAAGAAUUCUGGCUGUCUGACCUGGGUGCGCUUGAUGCGCUUCUCCCAAUUGGCUCAGCUUUCUUUAGAUAACCACCAUGAAUGACACUUAGGCCUACUUUAGUCGCUUGUAUUUUCAAAUGCGGAUCCAUUUUCUUUUAUUUUUCAAUGCUGAUCUUUCCAACAGUAAUUCAAUGUUGACUGAACAUGAGGACUGCAAAUAAGUUGGAGGAAAAGGAGCUGAGUCAGCAGUUUAGGGAAUGAACAGAAUCCUCCCAGUUGAGCUGUAGUGCUUAAUUUUUGAAGUGUAGUUUUAUUCUUCGUGGACCUCAUAGCGGGGCUAUGAGGAGGAAAGCUCAAAAUGUUCCCGUUGCUUUACUCGUUUUGGCCGCAUGAUGGUGCUCUUCGCUUUUGGGAUCGAGUUCAGGGUUAGAGAAGCUUUUAUUCAGUCCAUGCAACAAUUCUAUGAAAAAAAAAGUUCCUUUGAGGUGUUUUAGAAUACUCAUUGUUGUUUUUAAUUUAGUAUGAGAAAGUAAAAAUAGUAAAAAAAAAGAUUUUUUGUGUGCCUCUUAUAUGCUGUGCAGGUUUGGCGAAUUGACUUAGUCUUUGUUGGACGUUCAAGUUUUGAUUUCUGGUCUGGCCGGUGGUCGCCACGGUUACAGCUCAAAUGGCUUUCUCUUGUUCUGUCUGGUUGUACAUAUUCCUUUAGAAAUAUCUGUACAUGCAUAUUGUAUUUUUCUGCAUCGGCUCCGUCAGGUAUGACGCCGACGUGCUAUUUUUGUAGGAGGUCCUUCAAAUGUCCUGGCAAGGGCACCAACUAAUAGAAUGUACUUUUUCGGUUAUUGUUGUUUUUUUUUUUUCUUCCUCCAGUCCCGUCACUCUCCUCGCGUGCCAUCACAUCAUAAUUAUAUCGAGAGUGCUCGUCAAAAAAAAUACUGCUGUCUUUUUUUCAUCCCCACUUGUCCAUGUAUUUGGCGCAGCAGAGAUGGGCUUCAUAAAUCACGUAAAUCGUUAAAUGCUAGAGAUGAAGAGUAAAAUAAUUGAGGCACAAUGGAGGUCGCCGCUUGUGUUUGCUGUCCAAAGAAAUCCAAUAUGAUGUCAGAGGAUCAAUGGAGGGCCGUUGCUGAAGAAAGAGGAGUUAAGAACUUUCAUUGUUGAGGCUUGAUUUGGAAAAAGGUGUAAAUUUUUGUUAACUUUAUUUUUUAUAAGUGCAUAGCAAACAUGAUUAAAAGCUACAAAAUGCUACUUGUUACAAGUAAGUAUAAGUCUAAUUUUUGGAAUGAUGAAACACACGCGUGUUUUUUUCUUUUCCACCGCUUUAGAAAUGAAUUGAAAACACAAAGGCCUCAAUAUUGUAAUUAGGUUUUUGUCCUACUGUGUAUUGAAUUAUUUCUGGAGUUUUCAGUUGAUGAUUAAACAUGGAGCAGGUCACGCUGCUCCAUGAAUAUUUGAAACAAA